CGUCGCCUUAGCUCAUUGUUCCACGACCAUCAGUGAACGUUCUCACUGUCGGAACGUGUCGUCGUCGUCGUCGUCGUCGUUGUGGUCACACUCACGGUGCGAAAGCUGUCCAAUCUUGCCACAGCAGUACAAGAAGGUUGGCCUCGCUGGCAUGGUUUUCCAACACCCCACUGGGUUUCUUGGCCAAAGGGAGAAUAAUGGCUCCCCCUCACACUCGCUUCAAACCCUCAUUUCACAAUCGUUUGUCACACCUUUUUCGCCAUGUGUUCAACCGUGUUGAGCCUCAGCACUCUUCAAUAGAGAUUUCAAUUUCUGUACACGAGGAUGGUCCUGAUUCGAUCGAUCGACCACAGAACAUCAGCGUGGAUGGGCUCAACCGAGGCUUCAAUUCGCCUGCCAAAGAGCCCAAGAUCGACCGCAUGGGCUGCACUUCAUCUGGCAACAGUUUCUCCAACGAGCCGGCGUGUUCAACGAUAUCACCUUUUGAAGCUGGGAAUUUUGCGGUUGGAUCACAACGACAUGUUAAGGAAUCUCACGUUGCCCGACAGGCUGUGGCUUUCACCAACACUGUUAUUUAUGAGACAAUAACCUAUAUGAGCUACGAAGCUCCCAUCACUACCUCUACAUCUCCUACCCCUACAUCUUCUUCCCCUACAUCUUCCUCUACUACGUCAUCUGCCAACAGUAGCUCUCAAUGCAAUGUGGUCCUGGCGUUAGUUCUAGGCUGUCCCCUGCCCACGACGACCACUCCUCAGACGUCUCCUCAGCAGUCACCUCAGCAGUCACCUGCUACAUCGAGCUCGUACACUGUAUACCCAUCAUCAUCAUCAUCAUCAUCAUCAUCAUCUCCCAGUGACGAAUCAACAAAUGCCCCAACUUCUGACACACCCACAAUAACAGCUACCACAUCGCUUCAGACUGUCCUGGCAUCUGCCACAGUUUCACCGAGCGAGACUGUUAUGGUUUCGAGCCAGUUGGCUCAAUCAACAUCAGUUCCUAAUAUCAAUUCAAACACUGAAUCACCUCCACACACGGCUGCCAUCGUAGGAGGGACUAUCGGAGUGAUCGUACUUCUAGGUCUCCUAAUUUUUAUUGCGAUAUUGUAUCGCAGGAAAAGACGACAACACUCUGUGACACCUUUCAUUCUCCCCUCGACUGCAGGAACAGCGCAGAUUGAGUCGGCGGCCUGGCUCAAGUCCCAGGGCAUGGACGAUGACGUUCGUCCAAGCAACAGUGACCAACUGUCCAUAGAUCAUUCUGACACAUGCCUUGUGGAGUAUCCUUGCAACAGAUGCCCGUCCUUUGCUACAGAUCACGUGUCAUCUCACUUGCCCAACGAGGAUGACAUCUUUGCAUCCACCCGGAUUGCCCGGCGCCAACAGGCCAAUGGACUAGAAAAACUAUACCCAUGUCCAUCUCGCACCGUCACCUCAGAUCACUAUUGCCGUUCUAGUGUAGAAAACUGGGUUGAGCAAGUUGUCACGGAGGAUGCUUCACGAGAACCGAGCGAAGUGUUGCCGGAGUAUCGUUCAACGAAAUCUCUGAGGAGGGAGAAGGGAAAACAUAACAUUCAUUUUGUCCUGCCUAGCUCUUAUCCUCCCCUCCCCUAAUCACUAGUCGCCCGGAUCAUGGUGUACUUUUGACGCUUCACGCGCCACCUUCAUAUCAUUCUAAUGUAUAUGUAAUGGUCGGUCGUAUCGUUAACGAGGCUGCCGAUCCCGUCGCUGCAAGGCGAUCAUGUCACGUCCGCUGAGGAUCCGUACCCAAGCUCAGGGAGCACUCCCUCGCACUCCAACGGCGCUUAUAGUAGU